ACAGCUGGGGAGAUAAAAGCCUCUAUCCGCGGGCCGGUCCAGCAGUCUCCUCUGCCCUCCCUCCGGUUCAGCUGCACCGUUCAGACUUGGACAGAGCAACAGCCUCCGCCGGCGCAUCAGUGAGGUAGAAAAGCCCUACAUCAAGCUGCAGCCAUGGAUGAGAUGGACCUGCCCCAGAUGAAGAAGGAGGUGGAGAGCCUCAAGUACCAGCUGGCUUUCAAACGAGAGAAGUCCUCCAAAACAGUGACUGACCUGGUAAAGUGGAUAGAGGACGGCGUCCCAGAGGAUCCCUUCCUGAACCCGGAGCUGAUGAAGAAUAACCCGUGGGUGGAGAAAGGAAAGUGCAUCCUGCUCUAGAGGAAACCAACCGCCCUGCCACGUUCAACUUUAACCACCCCGACCGACACACACCUACAGCGGACCCCCGUACCUGACCCUCCUGACCCAGCCUGCGAAGGCCACGGCUGGACAGCGCCUCCCAACCUCUCACCGUGAAUGUACAACAGCUGAUAUCCCCCGACGUCCCCGAACACACACCCCGACAAGGGCACAGAAAAACACACUGACGGAGACACACACUCGCACACCAUCGCACCAAACUUUGGGGUUUUCCCCGACUGCCACACAAUCACUGCAAGUUUAUUCCUGCCACGGCAAUGCAUCAUUACUAUGAUAUAUGACGAUGAUGAUCAAUACUCUUAUUACAUGUCUCUAUAUGGAUAUGAUGACUUAUUUAUGCAGCUGAUAGUCACAAGCUUUCUCUCUUCAUUUACAAGCUCUGCUCUUCAUGGUGAGCACAGCACUUCUUUUUACCGUCCAUUUUUGAUGAGUUGUAAUAAACUGUAGAGUCACAUUCUCAGACUGACUGUAGAUCUGCUGGGGUAACUUUGUUCCAUGUUGAGAUAUAAGAUAAAAAUUUACUGAUCUCCCACUUGCUUGAACAGCAGCUGAAGACUCAAAAGUAGAGCAAAAGAGUGGCUGACUGAUAAAUAAAAGUGAAAAAUAUGCACAGUAUAUACGCUUAUGAAGCACUUCAAUUGAAAGUUCAUGAAUCUUCUAAAUUCUUUAAAACUGAAUGAACAAUCCAUAACAGCCUAUAAUGAUUUAGAAUUAAAUGAAGACCGCCUAUCUGGUCUUGGUUCCACUCCAGACCAGAAGGUGGUGGCAAUGCCCCUGAAGCACUUUGAUAACCGGGCCAAAACACCAGAAGAAGAACAGCUUAGAACAGCCAGUUGCUCGAUUUUAAGUGGUUUGAGAAAUUGGACUAAUAACCAAUGAUUCAUGAUUGUGCUUCCCAUUAUCUCUUUGAUGCAUGAAUUGACAGUGAAAAUUGUGUCUUUGUCCGCGUUCGAGGCAUUUCCCAUCCAACAUGGACGCAGUUGUAAUACGUUAUAUGCCCACAGUGCAAGCCAUUGUAACAGUACGAUAUUCCUUAUAACCAAUUUUAAGUCUGUAUAGGUUCUUAUGGUGCUAUUGUUAACUAAUUACACGUCACUUUUAAUGUUAGCCACAAACUUAAUGAACAACUUACGCCACUGUUAUAGAUGUGUUUUUUUUAAAAGAUAUUAAAUUCAAGCUUAUUAAUUGGCUAAAGGCUUCAGCAUGCUUGAAACGAACUAAUUCGUACGUAGUGUCGUCGGACCAAGUGUUUGUUGCUGUUCCGAACUCGCAGAGACAACGGAGGCCUUCACACAGACAAAAGAACACGCGCCAAUUAAAAAAGUUCGCCACGACGGCCAGCUUAGCUGCGUUUGCGGCUUUCAGACUUGUCUCUCCAGUGUGACUCCUACAGUUUUCGUACGUAAUUCUUGAUUUCGCGCGACUCGCACAGCAUGAUUAUCACAUUUACGUUCUGAAGGCUCGAUCUGCAGCCUGCGUUGUUUUGCUUCAGUGUCAUUAGGUCAGAAGAUGUCAUAGCAGCUCUGUUUGUGUUGUCAGAGCAGAAUGAAGCUUUGGGCUCGUGGGAGGGUUCGGGGUUUAGUGCUCCCUCUCCUCCUUAGCUAUGGCCCCUAAGGACAACACACACACACACACACACACACACGCACACGCACACACAUGCACUCAACAUACAAACAAACCAUGCACACACACACACACACACACACACACACUAACUCUCUCCACACAUGUACAGACGGACCCCUUUAACUUAUUAACUUAUUGAUCAGUACGUAUGUUAUUUAUUUAUUUAUUUAUUGACGAGACCUUUACUCACUUUAGUUUAUGUUUCCUACGUCUGCACUCCCUCCUCCUCAUACCCCACCUCGAGAGAAAAACGGAAAACGACCAAAAUAUCGACUACACCUUGCCAGAUCACCAUCUACUACUGCCUUGUACACAGUUUCCUUAAAACGAGAAUGUAAAUAUGUGGCAUGAUCACCGCUGACCUCAGAACUGGCUUGCGUGUGCGUGCGUGCAUGCGACUGUAAUCGUGUGUGUCGAUGUGUGCAUAUUUAAAAAACAAAAACAAAAGUGCAUCAAUUUGUGUGUCGGGCUCCCUUCGCAGAUUGUGAGGCACACGCUCUGUACAUGCACACACGUGCGGCUGCGUCUCACACACACACACGGGCAGGCCUGAGGCCGAGCAGACCGACGAAACACACACACACACACACACACUGCUCAGUGAGAAUGUGUAUGAGAGGAGGAGUGGCAAGGAUGUGGGAUUCUCUAAAUGACUUGGGACAGGGGAGCCUCACAUCAUCUCAGUACUGUAAUGAGUCUCAUUAUAUACAUUUUCUUCAAGAUGACCCAGUUCCCUAAAGGCCACUCAGUGCUUGGAAGACUCUGGUCCUAUUAUGUGUAACUGCAAAUAUUUCAUUUUCCUCUUUCUUUAAACCAAAUUUGAACAAAGAUGUGGUCAAUGAUGUGCUAAUAAAUGCUUUAUGCUUUUUAUCAAACAUGCUUGCAUGUAUCUUACACUGUACUUCUUAUUUACUUACUAUGAAAAAUUGUACCACUUUACCUGAAGAGAGGCCAGUGAAUUUAGGAUGUCCAGCAUAUAUGCAACAUGACGACUCCAAAUGGAGCCAUUUUAGAAGUCCCGUGGUUCACUGGGAGGCAUGUGUAGUAUGCGCCCUCUUAUUUUGGACUUUGUGUUUUUUAUUUUAAUAGUUAAGGUGUUGGAAACGUGUGUUAACUAGCCGACAGAGGCUUUGCGGUACAAUAUAGCCUUGCAUUCUCAUGAUAAAUGCAUGAAGGGGGACUUGUAAAAUGGCUUCCACAGCACAAAGAAGUGAAGUUCUGAGCUUCAGGCUUGUAGCUUUUCCAGCGCGAAGCUUAAGCUCAAAUGUUUGAAACCGUUUGCUCUUACAGCGCCGCUGGAAAAGCAGCAAACGCUGUCCGCCACAGUCUCAGAGCCACCUAGCUCCAAAAAGUACAUGAGAGGAUUCCUGUCUGCCUGUCCCUCGUCUGUUUUCUGUUCAGCAGCUGUAACUUUACUUGUUCGGUUUGUUUUUAUAUAAUCUGAACGUGCGUACGUAUGUAUGUUAUUACUAUUAUAAUGACAGCAUAAAAUCUUGUCUAAAUAUCUAGCAACAUAUUCCCUGUGAGAGUGCUUUGGAAAAAUUAUUAUGCAUCAGAUCAAGUCCUAGUGUAAAGAUG